CUGACGAGGGGGGAUUUGUACCGUCCUGACAUUUGGGGGGAUUUGUCCGUCCUGACAUUUGGGGGGAUUUGUACCGUCCUGACAUUUGGGGGGAUUUGUACCGUCCUGACAUUUGGGGGGAUUUGUACCGUCCUGACAUUUGGGGGGAUUUGUAUCGUCCUGACAUUUGGGGGGAUUUGUACCGUCCUGACAUUUGGGGGAUAUCUGUACCGUCCUGACAUUUGGGGGGAUUUGUACCGUCCUGCAUUUGGGGGGAUGCGAUUUGUACCGUCCUGACAUUUGGGGGGGAUUUGUACCGUCCUGACAUUUGGGGGGGAUUUGUAAUACGUCCUGACAUUUGGGGGAUUCUGUACCAUCCUGA